AUGGGCCAGGCCACGGAUGACGCGUAUUCAGAUCGGAUGGCAAACUACAGUCUUUUCUCCGCUGCCGCACUAUAUUUCUAUGAUUGCCUGCUCAUGCUGUCCACAGAGAAGGACGGGGUGUGGAAAGACUUCGAGACAAGCGUCGCAAGCUUGACGUUUUUGGUGAACCGCUAUGGAUGGUUUGCCUUCAUGGUCACCGAAGUGUCUAUUACUAUGCGAUGGGAUUCGUGGACAACCAAUAUUGUGAGCUGUUACGUCUUACUGUAUAUCGACUUCGUAUUUGGCUUAGUAUCUAGGUUUGCCAAUCAAUAUAUCCUUGUUCUUCGAAUAUACGCUAUAUACGGCCGCAGAAGAGGCAUACUCGCGAUAUGUCUGGUGCCGGUCCUCGCACGGACGGCAGUUCUCCUUGUUGAAUGUCUCAAGAUCCUUUAUGUGGACACGGGCCCCGGUCUUAGUAGAUGCGGACUCGGCACCUCGGAUUUGGUAGGGUGGUAUGACGUGGUCAUUAAACCUCUCAUAGCACAAGGCGCUAUAAGCGCACUUACACUGGCAUUUGAUGCGCUCGUCUUCCUCUUGACUGUCGCAAAGACCUACAACGCUGCGAGAGAAGCCCAUCAGUUUGGAGCGACGAAAUCAGGCCUCUUCGAGCUCAUAUUGCGAGAUGGCACCAUUUACUACUUGAUCGUGCUGCUCGUGGGCUCCCUUGAUACUACUUCCACCUUUCCCGACGCAGUGAUGACUAGCUUGGUAACCCCGUAUUUCAACAUGCUACCCUCUCUCCUCACGAGUCGACUCUUCCUCAACCUCAAAUCCUACACCAAAACUAAACCUGGAUUCACCACUAUAUCGCGUUCGAUUCCCAGCCUGGCUUUUGCGGGUGCGGGUGGGCAGCAGCAACAUGACCGAAUUUUAGGAAACAUAGGGGCCCCACUACGUACAUGGUUUGACGACGACGACGACGAGGUGGAACUCGAGGAAUCUGCAGCUGACGAGCUAUCAGGGGCGGCACCGUGCGAUGAAGAGACAGGCGGAAGAGAAGUAGAGAUCGUGCCGGUGGUGUACGGCACACAGGGAACGAUUGAAAUCGUAUCCAUGGCUGUUGAGGGUCAUUCUACCGGUCUUCAGAAGAGAACGGAGGAAGACUCGGCUAAUAUGAAGGCCAAUGUCGAACACGACCUUGAAGCGGAGAUUCAAGUGACUCCAAGAGUCUAG